AUGGGCCUUUCCGAGCUACCCAUCGAGAUUUUGUGGAUUAUUGCGUCCUAUCUCUCAAGCCAGCGCAAUAUCUACGCCUUGGUUAAAACCAAUCGUCGCCUACACCAAAGCCUUGAGAAGUACCUACUCUAUUGGAACGCUCAGUAUAAUCAUGGAUCGGCGCUUUUAUUUGCUGUUAAGCACAGCGGGCUUGUUCCACGAAUUCGAACCAUUCUGGUCGGAUUAGAUAUUGCCCGUACUCGGCCUCACUCAACACGGAUGUUAUCUCCCCGGAAAGCAAAGCGGUAUACGGAUGAUGAUUCGAACGAGGAAGAAGAAUUAAGCGACGAAGAGGAAUCAAGCGACGAAGAUCCUUGUCUACGAAGAAUGAUAGGAAGAGGAAUGAUUCGACGGGGGUUUCUAAAUACCACUAAUCCUUACUGGGCGGAUGUGUACACUCACCCACUUCUCUUGCAAAGAUAUUGCAUUCCGAGUACCCUUAACAUCCAGCAUGCUCUAGUGGUGGGUAUUCAAACUAGAAACACCGAGGCUAUCGAGGCCUUGCUGCAAUUUGGCGCAGAGGUGAAUUUCUAUCGCGGACAUCGUGCCGGAGAGCCAUUCUCAAAACAUAGAGGCAGACGAUGGCUUAGUCAUUCGCUUGAUAUUGAUAACCCGCCCUUGUUUACGGCUGUGCAGUAUGGAAACCUUGAGAUAGUCAACAAGUUACUCGAGUGUGGUGCUGAUCCACAGCGCUAUACUCCUUCACCCUUAUACCGUGCCGUUGAGGAUGGUCGGCGAGACUUGAUUUCUGCAUUACUAAAACAUGAUGUGAGAUCACAGAAAGCAGCUUUAAAGCUUGCUGUGUUACGAGGAGAUUAUUCUAUGGUUGAGUUCCUUCUCUCUGCUGGUUUAAGCGCUUCAGAGCACGGGCAUGCUGGACUAUACGCUGCUGAAAUGAAGGGCUACGAGGAUAUCACUACUUUAUUGAAGCUUCAUGGUGCUACUGUCGAUGCGCUCUCCGAAGCCGACAAAAUGAAGUGGGCAACAGAGGACAAAGACGGGACUGAUCCGCCGACCUACUACCGGUGCUUUAUUCAAACUUCCCCAGAGAUUGACGAGUCUGAGUAA